CCACAUUAUAUCUUUGAAGAAAAAAAAAAUGCUUAAAAAUUUAUCAAUAAUAGUACGACGUACAUAUACUUCCUUAAACAGACCAGGUCCAAUACCUUUAGGAAAUAAAAAACAACAAAAAGAAAUGUUGGAUCUUAUUCGAAAGAAACAAUUAGAAGAUGUUAAUAGUACUAAUGAAAUGCAUAAUGAUGUAAUUCAAAAGCCAAAACCUGAAUUUGAAGGUGAUGUAAAUCCGAAAACAGGUGAAGUUAAUGGACCUAAAACUGAGCCUGUUAAGCACAAUGAUUGGAGUUUUGGUGGUAGAGUGACAGACUUUUAGAAAAAAAAUCCCCUUCCCUUUUAAUAAAAUAGAUUUUUUCCUUUUUUUAUUUUUUUUUUAUUUUAUUUUAUUUAUAGUGCUGCUGUUGUAUUAUUAGUUGUGGUAGUAGUUGUG